UUGUGCAUUUCUUCUGUGUCUGUGGAUUUGGGAUUGAGUAAAGCAGAUUGGGUAUACUGCAGACAGAGACAGAGGGGACAGAAAACCCAAUACAAAGGGAAGAAUUUAGAAAAAAGAAAAGUAAGAACACAGGAACCUGAGCAAUACUAUAGGAGAACAAGACUGACUCUUUAGCGGUAGCAUGGCUGGAGUAUGGCGAUGUAUGGUGGUAGUCUUGGUGUUGAUGUGCAUGUGUCUGUGGAGUUCCACUGAGGCUGUAGGGGGGGCUAAGAGUCGACCACGACCCCAAAAACGACCUCCUAAGAAGCCAAAGGUUGAGGCUACUGAUGUGACCCAACCUGCACAGAACAUAGACAUACAGCAGAUGACAGGAACAUGGUACCUGCUAAACACUGCCUCCAAAUGCUCUUACCUGAUAAAACAUGGAACCCAGGUGGAGCCUACAGUCAUGACCCUCACAAAUUCCCCUGACCAAACACUGUCUGUUAGCACUAAAACAAGACAUAACCACCAGUGUUGGGAGAUAUUACAGGUCUACAAUCUGUCACCAGCCCCAGGCCAGCUAACACUUAAAGGACCUCGUCCUGAGCUGGACACUCAGAUAGUGAUCGGGGAAACAGACUACAACUCCUAUGCAAUCAUGUACUACCACAAACGGGGCAAAAUCACCAUGAAGCUCUAUGGCAGGUCUGUAGACAAUCUGUCAGAGCCAAUGUUGGCCAAGUUUGAGCAGCUUGCUGAAAAACAACAUUUGGGACUGGCAUACCUAUUCCCCUUCCCCACCUACAGUCAUUGUGGUACUGUGGACCAGGAUCAUGUAAUCAACUGUGUCCCCACAUGCUGAAGAGGCAGAGUCACGCAGCAGACAGAUCCAGCCCUGCAGUGUUGAAGAUUAACUGAAUAUUAUCUGAAUGUUAAAAAUGUGCUUUAAAUGUUACCAGUUACAGAGAAAUAAAAUAAAAUGU